AUGGAUAGUCCUGGUCAUCUAGAAGAAAAGGCUGGAGUUUCGAAACUCGAGAACAUUGACUCUGGCCUGUAUGAUCCUGAUGCUGGACUCAGCGACGAAGAAAGAGCCGCAAUCGAUAAGAAACUCGUUCGAAAGCUAGACUUCAAGCUCAUCCCAUGGCUGUCGUUUCUCUACCUUAUCUCCUUCCUCGAUCGAACGAACAUUGGCAACGCAAAAGUCGAUGGUCUAAUCGAUGACCUACACAUGACUCCCGGGCAAUACAGCGCCUCCCUAUCCAUCUUCUUCGUCUCUUAUGCCGUCUUCGAACCUUUGACCAAUGUCCUGCUCAAGAAAUGGUCACCUCGGGUCUUCCUGCCCAUAAUCAUGGUUCUUUGGGGCAUCUGCAUGGUCACUAUGGGCCUGUGUCAUAACUUCGCCGGUCUAGCGACCGCAAGAUGGUGGUUGGGCUUCGCUGAAGCUGGAUUGUUCCCAGGCGUCAACUACUAUCUGAGCUGUUGGUACAAGCGCAAGGAAUUGGGUAUCCGUGCAGCCAUAUUCUUCUCGGCAGCCGCGCUGGCUGGUUCAUUCGGUGGUCUUUUGGCAGCAGGUAUUGCGCAAAUGAGAGGAGUUGGUGGAAAGGCAGGCUGGGCAUGGAUCUUCAUCCUCGAGGGCCUGGUGACUGUGAUAGUCGGCAUUGUGUCUUACUGGAUGGUCCAUGAUUUCCCAGACCAAGCCACAUUCUUGUCACCCGACGAUCGUGCUAGAGUAAUCAGGAGACUGAAAGAGGACCAGCAAGCAAGUGCCGAGCAUGAGGAAUUCAAAAUGACCUACUUCUGGCAGAGUGUGACAGACUGGAAGACCUGGUGUUUCGCAGUCAUCUACAUGGGAGCAGAUGGCGCAUUGUACGCCUUCUCACUCUUCCUGCCUACCAUCAUCAGUGCACUUGGAUACAGUGGUACUACCGCCAACUUGCUCUCGGUACCACCGUACGCCGCUGCCGCCGUUAUGACCGUCGUUAUUGGCUAUGUUGCCGACAGAACCCAGCAGAGAGGCCUUUGCAACAUCUGUGUCUCUCUCAUUGGCAUUACAGGAUUUUGCAUGCUCAUCGGAAGCCAAUCUCCUGGCGUCAAGUAUACAGGCACGUUCCUGGGUGCUCUGGGCAUUUAUCCGACGAUUGCAAACUCCGUAACGUGGGCGAGCAACAAUGUCGAAGGUGCUUACAAGAGAGGUGUGACGAUUGGUGUUGUCAUCGGAUGGGGAAAUCUCCAGGGUGUCAUGUCUUCGAACAUUUACCGCACAAAGGAUCGACCGGAAUUCUAUCUCGGCCACGGUGUGGUACUGGCAUAUCUCACAUUGUUCCUGUUCGGUGGAAGCAUAGUGACCCACUUCUUACUGGAAGCUGAAAACAAGAAGCGACGAGCCGGCGAGCGCGACCACUGGGUCGAAGGCAAGGACGAUGCAGAGAUCAGAAUGUUGGGCGACAAGAGACCAGACUUCCUUUACGUGACGUAA